UCAUAUCCUUUUUCUAGAUAUUUCCUCCUGGAAUGUUGCCUGUCAUCGAUGGUUCUCUGUUUCUUCCAGUAUCAACCAGCAGAAAAAAGCUGUGACUGAGAGAAAGACAGGCUCGGAUGGGCAAAUGACGUUAAGAAAGAGAGUUGCACAGACCUCCAAAGAUGCAUCCUAUGCAGGCAUCAUCGUUCUGGGUGUUGGAAUUACAGGUCUGAUGUUCUUCACACUGGGGAAAGAGCUGUUCUCGUCUGAUAGUCCCAAUAGCAUUUACACCAAGGCUUAUAAAGUGUGCAAAAAAAAUGUAGAGAUUCAAGAUGCACUGGGUACUCCUAUCAAAGGGUAUGGAGAAAUGACGAGGAGAAAGCGCAGGAGGCAUGUUAGUCAUCUUGAGUACUCCCAGGAUGGUGUGAGCUUCAUGAGGAUGAAGUUCUACUUGGAAGGACCUGAGAGAAAAGCCACUGUACAUCUGGAGAUGAAGAAGAAUGAGAGUGGCCGAUACGAGUACAGGUAUCUCUUUGUUGAACUGGACGGCUAUCCCAAGCGCACCAUCGUUCUUGAAGACAACAGAUAGUACACAGUGAAAGAGACAGCAAGCCAAGCAUGGGAUAGUGCAUCCGCUUGAUAGUCCAGCUUCAGUCUUUCUUAUUUUAAAGGGAGUGUAUCAUGGCAAAUACUGGUUAUCGCCAUCUACGUCUUCUUUUGGACAACUGCACGUAAACGAAU